AUCAGUUCAUCCACUACAAGUAUCCGCCACAGGAAAUGCCCCAAGAACCCCCUCCCGGCGCCCUCUCAAGCGCAUUUCCACCCCCACCAACAUAUUACACUCACUUCACCGAGGAAAACCUCACGGCACUAAAAUCCCACCGCCUGGAGGACGGUACACUGCCGCCCGACGACACCCUCCCCGAUCCGCUCUGCUACCUAGUCCCCCCCCCACCCCCGGCCGGGUCUUACCGCGCUUUCGGCGAGGAAUGGAUGGUUCCCGAGCGGUACCCUUCCCUGGAGGAGGCUGGUAUUCGACAAUUGUAUCCGCCAACAAGCAUGGCUGCGGUAGCAGCAGCCAACGGCGGCGGGGGAGGAGGAGGAGCGGACAAAGGCAAGGAACUCACGGUCGAUAGGACGGUCGAGCUUCGGAGGCUGAGCAAAUCCUUGCUGUUGAAUUAUUUGGAAUUGGUGGGGGUUAUGGGGAUGGCACCGGAGCAGUUCCAUGAAAAAACUGCAGACUUAGAAACAAUCCUCUUCAACAUGCACCACCUCAUCAACGAAUACCGCCCCCACCAAGCGCGCGAAACGCUAUGCUUGCGCAUGGAAGAGCAGCUAGAACGUACCCGCCGCGAGACAGAGGAGAACAGGAAGGCCGUCGCUAAAGUCGAGGAUAUACUCGCUGGAUUGGAGCUGGUUGCGAAGCGGGCGGAUGCGAUUUGUGGUGGGGAUGGACUGGGGGCGGGGAGGGAGAAGAAGGUCGACGAUGGGGUUGCUAAGGCUAGAGUUAGGGAUGUGGAGGCUUGGAAGGCGCUUGUUGGUAUGGGGGGUUGA